GUUGCACUAUGCCUCUCGUAGCGGGUGUUGCGAGCUUGGCCUCUAUUCUUUGGUAGGGCUCAUCUACGCCUGAUAUUCGCGUCUUCUUCUCUUUUCGGACGCAAGAUUACUCCGACAUGCUCCCCGUUGCACGUUCCUACUCGCUUGUGUUCGUUCAUUCCAUGAUGUGAGACAAGAAUAGAUGGUAGGGGCAGCGCCAUGAACAGUCGACUACCACAUAGAGUACGUAGCUGAUUGUGGGGCUUAUGUCUUUCAAGUCUACUCAUCCUUUGAUAGUUUGAAGAUAUAAGGCUCCCAGGUGUCCCCUAUAAGUCAUUUUGCAUCUCAUCAAGCCUCAAGCAUUCUACAGAAGAUUCUCUACCCUUCUCCUCUUUCCUUGUUUCAUUCUCUAUAAAGCCCCGGAUUUCCUCGAUACCCCAAUCGGCUUCGGACCACGUCCUCAUAUAAUCUCAACCUAAAUCCAACGUCAAUACUCCACAAUGACUGUCGCACCUCCCGCUCCCGACUUUUGCACUGAGGUCACUCCCGAGUGCCCAGUCGAGGGUACUCUUUACGGAUAUGCCCCCAACAUCGGUGCCAAUGCCUUCUUCGCCGCCUUCUUCGGUAUCUGCCUCGUUAUCCAGCUCGUUCUCGGUGUCCGCUCUAAGACAUGGACUUACAUGAUCGCCAUGGGAUUCUGCUGCCUCGGUGAGCUAAUCGGUUACAUUGGUCGGAUCAUGCUCUGGAAGAACCCCUUCGACGACAUAGGCUUUCAGAUCCAGAUCUGCUGUCUCAUCAUCGCACCCGCCUUCGUUUCCGGCGCCAUCUACCUCACCCUCAAGCACAUCGUUCUCUCCUUUGGCGCGGAAUGGUCUCGCCUCCGACCUGCCUGGUACACCUACAUCUUCAUCGCCGGUGAUCUCCUUUCCCUCAUUCUCCAAGGUGCUGGUGGAGGUCUCGCUGCCACUGCCGACCCCGGAUCCAGCCUCCAGGAUGUCGGUACCAACCUCAUGAUUGCCGGUGUCAUCUGGCAAGUCGUCUGCCUCGCCAUCUUCGGAUACUUCCUCGCCGAGUACGGCAUCCGCACCAACCGUCGUCGCUCCCAGCUUGAUCCUGAGGCCUGGGCCCUCUUCAAGGACACCAAGUUCCGUGCCUUCAUGAUCGCUCUUGUCACCGCCUACGUCGCUGUCUUCGUCCGAUGCGUCUACCGUAUUCCCGAACUCACUGGUGGCUGGCGAUCGGAGCUCAUGCGCAAUGAGCCCGAGUUCAUCGUCCUCGAGGGUGUCAUGAUCGUCAUUGCUGUCGGGGCUCUCACAAUCUUUCACCCUGGCUUCUGCUUCCCAGUUCUCGGAAACACCUUCGCAAAGAGCAAUAAUGCUAAGAGCGCAUCGGCUUCAAAGUACUUGGAGGACACAUCCAGCGGCGACGUUGAGCUCGCCAACCGCCGUUAAGGAUUUAUACUUAAAACACAUACAGUCUCGCUCCUCUCAUUACUCGAGGGUCGAGCAGAACGACCGAUCAUCUCCUUGUCUAUAUUGUCUUUUUAGCGGUGGUGCUAUUGGAAUCUAGCACCGCAUGGUUAGCAUCCUGGUUGGAUUUGGUAUUUUGGGAAUUUUAGAAUCAUACUUUGAAGUAGAAUGGAUGGGUUAUUCCCCUCGAAGUCGUGUCGACAUAUGCAAAUAGCAAU